UCUGCUGCUGAGUUGAACGGACUGUGUGCAGGUCAGCCGCAGAUGGACAGCUGUGUGGCUCUCAUUCUUCUGUCCUCCACUAUCACACUCACCACUGCUGUCAGUGUCAGGUUGGUGGAUGGUGGCAGUCGCUGUGCUGGGAGAGUGGAGGUUCUUCAUAGAGGACAGUGGGGAACAGUGUGUGAUAAUGACUGGGAUAUGAGUGAUGCUGCAGUGGUGUGUAGAGAGCUGGGCUGUGGAGAUGCUGUAGAUGCACUGAGUAGAGCUCACUUUGGACCAGGAUCAGGACUAAUCUGGAUGGAUGAAGUGGACUGUAGUGAGUCAGAGUAUACAUUUAAGAACUGUAUAUCGUCAGAUUGGGGUGAGCAUAACUGCAAUCAUUCUGAAGAUGCUGGAGUCAUCUGCUCAGGAAACAGUGUGAGGUUGGUGAAUGGUAGCAGUCGCUGUGCUGGGAGAGUGGAGGUUCUUCAUAGAGGACAGUGGGGAACAGUGUGUGGUGAUUACUGGGAUAUGAGUGAUGCUGCAGUGGUGUGUAGAGAGCUGCGCUGUGGAGAGGCUGUAGAUGCACUGAAUAGAGCUCACUUUGGACCAGGAUCAGGACCAAUCUGGAUGGAUAAUGUGGACUGUAGUGGAUCAGAGUCUACACUGAAGAACAGUAGAUCACCUGGAGGGGAGAAACAUGACUGUGAUCAUUCUAAAGAUGUGGGAGUGAUUUGCUCAGGUAAGUUCUGCUGAAAAAUUAAACAUGUUCACUACUCAAAUGUCACUAAAUUUUCUUUUCUUUAAAAUAUGUAUAGCUUAAGAAAGUAUGUUAAUAUGCUAAUGUGUUAAUGAAUGUUAAUGUA